AUGCCUCCUAAGGGUCGCCAGCCGAAGACUCUGGUGGAUGCUCCGCCGCCUGCGGAUGACUCUCCUGAUAAGCAGAAUGUGGAAUCCCCGGACAGUGUUACCGAUCUGCUGCCUGGCAAGGGUGUAGCUCCUGAUCCUGACGGCGGGAGUACUACAGGAAGCAUGGACAAGGCUGACGGGGUUAAUGUCACCCUCCCGUCUGCUGCAGCUGUUGACAAUGCUAUUGCUGGCUGCUCCGGUUUAUCUGUGGAAGAGAAGGCUGCUACGCAACAGAUCGCAGGAGGGUUUGAUGGGGGUUUCUUGGAAGAUGAUUCUGAUGAAGAACUCGACAUUGAUAUUGCAAAAGAGGCUGCUUUCCGUCUUCGCUUUACGACAAUCUUACUGAUCCCGAUGCUGAAGGAAUUCACCUUCUACGCCGCCGCAAAGGAGUCCAGUUCCAGAAUAGACCGCGCGCUUGUUUCCUGCUCUCUGCUUCCGCACCUGGAGGUAGCUGCACACAUCAUGCCAGAGGAGUACAUUUCAGACCAUGGUUUCGCCAUCAAAGUUGCUUUUAAAGUAAAAGCUACUGCUCACCUGGGCCCAGGGGUCUGGAGGUUGCACGCUGCAGCCAUUGGCAGACCGGGGGUUCGUAAAGCGGUGGAAGCCGCUCUCGCCAAGGCAGAGGCGAGCGGCGAGGAGGACUUCGAAUUACUGCUGGGCAGACUUAAUGCGGCCCUGCGAUCGUACAUGAAAGAGGAGAGGAAAAGGAUCAGUAAGACCACGGCGCAUCUAGCGGAUGUGGUAGCGGAGCUGCGGCAAGAACAGAUGCGGAACCCGAGUUGUCAGCGCACCCGUGAUUUGCUGUUGGUCAGGGAGACGCAACUGAGGGAGUACCAUGCGUCUAAGCGGGAUAGGCUGCAUCUGAUGGCGGGUACGAACACUGAGCUGGCGGGUGAAGUGCCGUCCCCCUUCCUGUCUGCGCGUGUGAAGGUUAGGAAGCAGCGCACACAGAUUGCAGAGCUGUCAGUGGGAGGAGUAACAGUGAGAGACUCUAAGGACAUUCUGUCGGCGGCCACCAAAUACUUCACUGACCUCUUUGGUUCGGACAGCCGCACGAUGACAUCCAGUUGGAAAUUGCUGCCGGGGAAGAAGCUGAGUACUGAAGCGGUGGUGGCACUGGAGGAGGACUGGUCGGAGCAGGAGGUGAAGCAAGCUUUCAAAGCUUUGGCAAAUAACAAGUCGCCCGGGAGAGAUGGCCUCCCGAAGGAACUUUUUGAGCAGAACUGGGACGUCUUGGGGAAAGAGUUCUUGAAGAUGGCGAUGAGCUUCUCGAAAUCGGCCUCGCUUCCUGCCAGCAUCAAAGAAGCGGUUACCAUCUUGCUUCACAAAAAAGGAGAUAAAGACAGUCUGGACAAUUAUCGCCCAAUCACCCUGCUCAAUUUCACUUACAAGGUGUUGGCACGCGUGGUGGCGAGCAGAAUGAAGCAGUGGCUCCACCAAGUGAUAUCGGAGGAGCAAUAUGGGUUUAUUCCUGGAAGAAGGAUAUCGGACGCGAUUGGCGUGGUGGCGGACGUGGUUGAAGCAGCAAAAAAAGGGAAUGAGGAUUGGUACAUGCUCCUGGUGGACUUCCGCAAAGUCUUUGAUUCAGUGUCCCGGAGCUUCCUUUUCUCGGUCUUGAGAGAUAUGGGUUUUCCGGAAAGGUUCGUUGGCUGGGUGGAGGGCCUGCACAAAGACACAAGGACGAGGCUUUUAGUCAACGGCUGGCUGGGCGAAGCGGUGGAAGUAAAGUCGGGAGUGAGGCAGGGGUGUCCGCUCGCCCCGUACCUCUUUCUAUGCGCAGUGGAGCCGCUAGCACAGGAGGCAUAUAGACGGAAGCUGGGGCUCUGCAACAAAGCUGGGCAGCGGCUAGUUUACCUGGGUUACGCGGAUGACACGACGCUGUUCUUGGAGGGCAAACGGCAGAUCGUCAGAGUAAAAAAACUUCUGAAGCAGUUUGCCGAGCUGUCAGGGCUGGUCACCAACAGAGAAAAAUCAGUUGUCAUGCCGCUGGGACACAAUCUUGGAAGGAGACCUGGGACAUUGGGGGGCUUCAAAUGGGCGAAGGCAGAUGAAGCUGAACGCCUUCUGAGGGUCUGGAUUACUCCCUCCGGCAGCAGCGAACCGACCUGGUUAAGGGCUUUCGAGAAAAUAACAGUGGAGCUGAUCAAAUGGAAAGCGCUUUUCCUCACGAUUGCGGCAAGGGUGGUAAUCAUGAAUUGCUACAUCGCGCCCAAGGUGGCUUACCAGGCUCAGGUUUACCCCCCACCGGAAGAUAUCUGGAAGAAGCUGAUGAAGCUGAUUCACAACUUCUUGUCGGGUAACAACGCGUCGGCGGAGGGAGGUUUUGUGUUGUGGAGCUGGGAUCUCCUCUCCACUCCACGGGCAGACGGAGGGCUUGGAGUGCUGGACCCGGAGAUCCUCAUGGCCUGUCUGGCGGCUAGAAGAAUCGCUGGGCUUCUGACGGAGAGGAACGGCAAGAAAAAGGAGAUAAUGCUUAAGGCGGCGGGGCUCCCGAUGGGGGAAGAUACUUUCACGGCGCACGAAAAGUUGUUAAAACACUGGACGGGAGACGGUGAGCGGUGGAAGCAGACCUACGAGGCUUUCCUGAAAUCCCCCCUCGCGGAUACAGGGAAAGCCAACAGCAAAGAGGAGGUGGCGCAGGAAAGAAUUAUUUUCAACAGGCGCGUGUUGCUGAAUGGUACAAACCCAGUGGGCGGGCAGAAGGAGGCGAAAGGGCUCUGGGAAACCCGCAUGGGGGAUCUAGUAACCAAAGCGCCUUCGGGUGAAGCGGUGGUCAAGGACAUGGAAGUCCUGGAGAAGGAGCUGAGAGGCAAGGACUCCGUUCGACUGGCUCUCAAGGCUUUUGCUGCAGCCCCUGAGGAGUGGAAAUCUCUCUUGGUUUCCAACGACAUGGCUGGGGGGGGAAGGAGUGGAGGAAGCUGA